AUGUCCAGCGUCGAUCAAAUCGUCAAGACGUUCGCCAAACUCCCUGAGGGCGAGCGCAACGCAGCAGUCAAUGCUAUCUUAGCCAUGAUGCCCCCCGGCCCUGGUCCUGUUCGCCAAAUCCCCGAACCUGUUUCACAAGCCCCCGCGCCAAAGAAGAAGGUCAACGGCUUCAUGGGUUUCAGAUCGUACUAUUCCCCGCUCUUCUCUCAGUUUCCUCAGAAGGCGCGAUCGCCCUUCAUGACCAUCCUCUGGCAGCACGAUCCCUUUCACAACGAAUGGGAUUUCAUGUGCUCGGUGUAUUCGUCAAUCCGCAACUACCUCGAGCAGUCGAACGCGCAGCGGGAGAAGAAGAUUACCCUGCAAUACUGGCUUCACUUUGCUGUCCCCGUCAUGGGAGUGCUUGGUCGCGAAAACUACUUGCCCACGCUUGGCUGGGACCUCGUCACGAUGCCCAACGGCACUAUCGACCUUAUGCGCAUCGCUAUGCCUUUGUUUAGAAAGAACCUCCAGCCCAUGAACGGCCUAUGCCUGUUCACCAAGUGUCAGGAGGGCGGAUUGCAAGUCGACAACCAGCACCUCGUCAUUGCCAAGCUUUCAGAUCCUAGCUACGACAUGAUCUGGUUCAACAAGCGCCCUCACUAUCAGCAGAGACACGCCGUCCAAGCUGACAGUUCUGAACUCGGUGUGUCGGCGCUCUUCCCUCGCAAUCACGCAGUUGCUGCAGAGGCAGAUGACGUCGCCACUCUUCAACUCCCUCAUUGGAUGCAGCAGGGAGAUUUCGGCACCGAGUCCGGAUACUCACCUCAGUUUGAGACCUUGUUGGGUUCCAUACUUGAGAAUGGAAACGCCACCAGUAAUGAUUCCUACAACAUGGCUCUGGCUAUGGAUGUUCCUAUGAUGGGAUUCAAUGGAGGAGCAUAG